GAACGCCAGGGAGCUGUGAGGCAGUGCCGUCUGGUUCCUGCCGUCCGGACUCUUUUUCCUCUACUGAGAUUCAUCUGGUAGGUCUGCAGGCCAGUCAUCCCGGGGGCUGAAGUUGUGAAAUAUGAGUUGGCGAGGAAGAUCGACCUAUCGGCCUAGACCAAGACGCUAUGUAGAGCCUCCUGAAGUGAUUGGGCCUAUGCGGCCCGAGCAGUUCAGUGAUGAAGUGGAACCACCACAACCUGAAGAAGGGGAACCAGCAACUCAAUAUCAGGAUCCUGCAGCUGCUCAGGAGGAAGAGGAUGAGGGAGCAUCUGCUGGUCAAGGGCCGGAGCCUGAAGCUGAUAGCCAGGAACAGGUUCACCCAAAGACCGGGUGUGAGUGUGAAGAUGGUCCUGAUGGGCCGGAGGUGGGCCCGCCAAAUCCAGAGGAGGUGAAAACGCCUGAAGAAGGUGAAGGGCAAUCAGAGUGUUAAAAGAAGACAUGCUGAAAUGAUGCCGACUGCUCCUAUGUUGGAAAAUUUUUCAUUGAAGUUCUCCCAAUAAAGCUUUACAGCCUUCUGCAAAGAAGUCUUGUGAA